UCUCAACUUCAUUAUUCCUAAACAUGCAGAGACUAAUAAUCACUUGUGUUUUGAUUGUUUUCUUUGUUUCACCAUGUUUAUGUAAGAGGUUGUUGAUGGCAACUUCCAACACAUACAAUGUGAUUGAUUAUGGUGCCAAAGGAGAUGGUGAAACUGAUGACUCCCAGGCAUUCUUAAGUGCAUGGAAAAAGACCUGUUCGACAGAUGGUGAAUCAAGCCUAGUUAUACCAUCAAAAGCAGUAUUUUUACUGAAGAAGAACGUAAUCUUGAAAGGUCCUUGCCAAGCCAAAAACAUUCAAAUUCAGCUUCAAGGAAAAAUAAUUGUACCAACCCAGGAUGCAUGGCUAGGUGAUAAAUCUCCGAUAAUUUGGAUCUCAAACGUGAAUGGUCUCAGGAUCGAUGGAACUGGAGGAUUAAUCGAUGGCCUCGGUUCUUCUUGGUGGUCAUGCAACUGUCAACGACCAUCGGUCCUUGGUUUCAAUUCAUGCAAUGGUCUCAUUGUUAGUUCCUUGAGCAUCACAAAUAGUCCACAAGCUCACAUAACCAUAAAUGGUUGUGAGGGUGCCACAUUUUCCAAUAUUAACAUUAAGUCUCCUGCUAAUAGCCCUAAUACCGAUGGAAUCGACAUUUCUUCUUCCAAAAGCAUCUUGAUAAAAGAUUCCAACAUAGCUUGUGGUGAUGAUUGUAUUGCAAUCAUAGGUGACUCUUCUGACAUCAAUGCCACUGGAAUUGCUUGUGGACCAGGCCAUGGAAUAAGCAUUGGAAGCUUGGGUAAAAACAAUGGCCAUGACAAAGUGGAACAGGUUUAUGUAUAUAAUUGCAGCUUCACGAAUACUAAAAAUGGAGCAAGAAUCAAGACAGUUGAGGAUGGACUAGGUUAUGCCAGAAACAUCACUUAUGAGAAAAUUACAUUAACACAAGCUUACAACCCAAUACUUAUAGAUCAAAACUACGUCGGUGUAGAGAGUGAAGGAGGAGUUGAAGUGAGUGGGGUGACAUUUCGAGGGUUUCAAGGAACAUCAGCAGAUGACAGAGCUAUUACCUUAGCUUGCGGUUCAAAAGGUUGUUUCGACAUUGUGUUGGAUCAAGUUGACAUUACAUCUUCCAGAGCAGGAAAACCAGCAGCUUGUUCUAGCAGUAAUGCCCAUGGAACAGCUACAUCCACAGUUCCAAAUUGUGACUCCUUAUCUCAAUGAAGUAACAAUGUUACCUCGCACAUGUGUACGGGAAAUGAUGUAUCAAGAGCAGGGUUUUUGUUUUUGUUUUCUUUUUUUGGUAAUAAAUAAUAAGUAUUGUUGUUUUUAUGGAAAAGGAGGAAUAAGAGUUUCUUUAUGAA